UGCUAUCGCUACACCGCCUCCUAGGCUCUGCCAAUCUACACGUACAACAGCAUGCUCCGGAAGAUAGAAUGAUUGUGUUGGUUUUAAGUGCGUUUCCGUUAAGGCAAGCAAUGACAUAUCCUCGUUUACGACGAAAUCAAUAAGUUCCAACCGUUUGUGGGCGAUGGAACGGCAUUCCACCUACAAUCAUUUUAGGGUCCCAGAGAUGAAAUCGACCAUCGUUCUGAAAAUCUGGUCUUUGGAGCAGUGUUUUACUACACGUUUGUAUUUCAGCCAGAGCUGAACCACCAUUUUAAACAGCUCUUUCUCAUCAUCCUCAGCUUCUGCACUGAGGUCGGCACGCAGUUUGUUGAGCUUGUCUUGGACAGGUUGUCGAUAAGGUUUUGGCUUUUGUGGUACACUGCCAUGGGUUACAGUAUCGGUCAACUGUUUUGGGAUGCCUACGAUGGUGUCGGGACGUAGAUCGUGAUUUAGUGUGUGUUGCCGAUGGUGCUGUUUGUUGUUCAUUUAGCUGCGGCUGUGCUGGGAGUGGUAGCUGUUGCUUGUGCUCCGACUGUUGUUUGGGAUUUUGCAGUUGCAAGUAUUGUUGCUGGUGACUUUGCUGCUGCUGUAGCGCAACGAUGCUGCAUGCAACUGUGUUGGCAUGGAAUUUGAUAUUGUUGUUGUUAUAGUUGAGCGCUGGUUUUUCUGCAUCCAAUGUAGUGAGAUGCAGCUGGUUGUGGAGCUGGAAGAAAUCGCUCUUUAGUUGUAUGCGUUUUUGAGUUAUUCUUUUUCUUCAAGUAAGCGAUCCGUGUUGGGCAGUUCGGAUUGCGGGGGCCAUGGUUGCCAAAGCAGUUUGCACACACGCGUUGAUCUUUGAGUUCAGCUGUGUAUUGCGUUGUGCGAUGACUUCCACCGCAUUUAGCACAACUAGAGAGCAUUGCGCAGUUGUUCGAGCCAUGCCCGAAUGAUGAACAGUGUUGGCACUGUUGGACUUCGUCUCGUCUUGGCGAAUAGCGCUCCCACCUGACACUGGUGUAGUUGAGGUACUUGAUAGACUGAACCUCGUCAAGGGUCGUGAUUCCUGUUUUGAAGGAAACCACGAAUAGUUUGGAUGGUGCCUUUAAAGCAACGCCAGCAUGUAGCUCACGCACUUGCAAGGGCCGAAAACCGCAUUCCUUCAACAUGUUUUCAACGCGCAACUCAUUGCCGAAGCGCAGGCCCUUAAGAAUAACCCGAAAAGGUUUAUCCCCCGGGAAGUCGUGGGUAAAAAACUCACGGUUGAAGCUGGCUAAUAAAAAUUUAGCAGCUUCGUGAUCUUUCCACGUUUUGCAGAAUAUUCUGCAGCAACUAUCUGCAGAGAAACUAAACGAUGCGUCCAGUUCACCUCGUUGAGUAGCAGCACAGAGAGAGCUGUAUUGCUCUUCGUUUAGGUUACGCACUGUUACCGGUGGGAUUUUUUCAUUGCGAGAGAAAGUGCUCUCCGGAGUAAUGAGAUCACCGUCUGUUGCGUCCAGCAACAAGCGCUCCUCACUUAGUACGCGUUUCGGACUUUCGACAGUUUUUAACAACUUCGAAUGCGUUGAAAUUUUAGUACGACUUUAUUCGAAAGUUUAAAAUCAGCUGCGUUCAUCCGCUGCGUGUUGAAAGAGAGCUCAUCUCGGCGCGCGCCGAGUUUUUAUUCGUUUUCCAGCCUCCGGUCAAUCACCCUUCACCGCUGCUGGUGAGAGUUCAUGUUUUAGGAUUCUCCUGAGCGAAUUCGCUUCGUUUCGCCCGUGUUAUGUCCGCAGCUUAAAGAUUAUCCGCUCCGCUCCGCUGUCAAAACGACGUGGACCGUUGCGUACGCGACACUGACCCCCGGUGUUUGCCUCGUUAAACACAUUGUUUUGGUCUCACGUCGAUGUGUGCUAUCUUCACUGCCGGGCGUUCCAGGACUUUUCCGUUGCUAAGUUGCACCUGAACGCGUCGCACCGCACCGUCUUGCGAUUGCACGGCUUGGAUGAUCCGUCCUCUCGGCCAGCAGCCUCUGGGUAGCGCCUCAUCCACUAUCAGCACUAGGUCGCCCUCCUGUAGCGGACGCUGAUGUUGAAACCACUUGCUGCGUCUGGUGAGUGUUGUGCUGCCGAGGAGUCAAGGAAUGGUGAAAGAGGUUUUACGCCUGAGGAAGAGCCCAAUAAUAAGUGGUUUGGUGUUAGUGGUGCGUCGUCGUCGCUGUCAACCGGUACGUGUGUUAGUGGACGCGCGUUGAUUAUGUGUUCCACCUCGAUCAACCAGUUCAUCAAUACGGCGUCUGUGGGUGUCUUCGUAAACUGCAUGCCGGAUAAUGUUCGCUUCACGGAUUGUACCAAUCGUUCCCAAGCGCCUCCAAAAUGCGGCGCGCCAGGUGGGUUAAACGUCCAUUUCGUAUCGGGAAGAUACAUCGCUUUUAUGAUCUGGUCCGAAUUAAUGUGUUUCACGGCCUCUUUUAGUUCUCGAUCGGCUCCGACGAAGUUCGUUCCUCUGUCGGAUAGAAAUUCAAUAGGGGUGCCCCGACGAGCUAUGAAGUUACGGAUGGCCAUGAUGCAGGAGCUUGUUGUCAUACUGUGGGCGAUUUCGAUGUGCACCGCUCGUACUGUAAGGCAUGUAAAGAGCACGCCCCAACGCUUCUCCUGCCUACGCCUGAUGGCAACCAUGUACGGUCCGAAGUAAUCUAUCCCAGUAUAUGUAAACGGCCUCUCGUAUGGCGAUACACGA